AUGUUGGGUCUGGGAUACCAUAACCUUCUUGUGGCAGCUCUCCUGCUGCUCUGCUCAGCGAUGAUCUCCUCCUGGGCGGCGCGAGACGACGUCGUGGCCUACAGCUUAGCCACCAUCAACACAACCACGGCCAGCGGCCUGACGGUCGUCACCAACCAGUCACAGGUAGUGUCAGGUCCAACCCUGUUCGGCAUCGACCACCCGACUCUCUCCGCGGUGAACGAGUCCGCCGGGUUCGUGGUCCUCUCGCGGACGGUCGAGCUCUGGCGCGGCGGUGAUGGCCGGCAGGGACCUCCCCGCCAGGCAUCCUUCAACACAAGCUUCACCAUGGACGGGACCUCCCCUGUGGCGUUCGUCGUCCUCCUCGACCGGUUCCCGACGUAUAAGGGAAAGUUUAUCAGCGUGACGACGUUCAUCUCGGGCCCCGGCGACCCCACGCAGCGGGGCAGCAACCGCUUUGCCGCCGUCGAGGUUGGCACGGUGAAGUCGUACGCCCCCGAGUCUCCACGCGUGGGCCUCAACGUCACCGUCACGCCCAGCGGCGCGACGCGGAUCGUGACCGUGUGGAUCGACUACCACGCCGUGGUGUCCCGCCUCUCAGUGUUCGUCGGCCCCGCCGGCCGGACUAAGCCCCGCGAUCAGCUCGUUGGCGGCUCGGCCGUCAACAUGACGGGUCGCACCAACCAGUCCGCGUUCGUCGGCUUCUCCGCCUCCAGGGUGACCUAUGUCCUCGCCGGCAUCCGCGGCUGGGAUCUGACGGUGGAGAGGCUCUCGCCGGCUGCCGAGAAGGAUGAUAAUAAGAAGUCAUGGCUGGUGAUACUGCUCGCCGUUCUAGGAUCUGUGGCUUCCACGGCUGCCGUGGCCGCCGCCGUCGCUUUUUACUACAACUCCAGGUACAGGAGGUGGAAGAAGGACCUGGAGCAGCUGGCCAAGUCCAUGCAACGACUCCCGGGGAUGCCAUGUCGGAUCGACUUCUCCGACAUUAAGAAGGCCACCAAGAACUUCGACGGCACAAUGAAGUUGGGAUCAGGAACCUUUGGCUCCGUGUACAGAUGCAGGCUUCCUGCAGCACCAGAAACGGGCCGUCCAGAAAUGGAGGUGGCCGUCAAGAAGUUCACGCGAAACGAGGACCGGCGCUUCGAUGACUUCCUGGAGGAGGUCAGCGUCAUCAACCGUCUGCGCCACAAGAACAUCGUCCCUCUCAUCGGUUGGUCUUACCAUGGCGGGGAGCCCCUCCUCAUCUUUGAGCUCAUGCCCAAUGGCAGCUUGGACCAACAUCUCUUCCAUCUAAGAACACCAAUUCUCCUAUGGGACACCCGCUAUGCCAUCGUGAGGGACAUAGCCACCGGCCUGCACUACGUUCAUCAUGAGUAUGAGCCCACGGUUCUUCAUCGCGACAUCAAGGCGAGCAACAUCAUGCUCGAUUCCACCUUUGGUGCCCGCCUGGGUGACUUCGGCAUUGCCUGCACGGUCCCUCUCGACCGUAACUCCGUCACCGGCCUCGCCGGGACACAGGGCUACAUAGCGCCGGAGUACGCUUGUAGCUAUAGAGCUACGAGGGAGACUGACAUCUAUGCGUUCGGUGUCGUCGUCCUCGAGAUCGUGACCAGUAGACGAGCGCUCGACGGGGAUGUCCCGUCUGAAGGUCACAUCACAGACUGGAUAUGGCGUUUCCAUUGGGAGGGAAAGUUGCUCGAUGCCAUGGAUCCCGUGCUUGCCAUGGCGGGGUUUGACGAUGAUGACGCCAAACGCCUAAUGUUGCUUGGCUUGGCGUGCACCAACCCAAACCCGUCGAACCGGCCAAGCAUGGCGGAAGUGGUGCAGGUUAUCACCAAAUUAAAGCUACCGCCGACCGUUCCUCCUAAGAAACCAACAUUUGUGUGGCCUCCACAAGGAUGGAAUUCAUUGAGCUCUUACUUUAGCACAGAGACAAGUACAAUUUAUGCAAGUGGCUCAUCAACCAAGGCCAGACAGGUGUAG